AUGCUGUGCAAGUCGACCGUCGCCGCCGUUCUCGUUGCUCUGUCCUUCGACACUACCUCUGCAGCCCCUGUCGACAUCGAUGCACCAGCUCAGAACACUCCUGCACGCCAGCACAGUGAUGGCAGUCGUCCCAGCAUGCGCCGUCUGGAUAGCGACUUUCACGUGGACUACACUGUCAGGCCGUGGCCGGGUCUGACCAUCAGCGGCGUCCAGUUUGAGUACGGGGGCUCUGGCUGCGGCAGCGACAACUCAAAGUGCGGGUGCACAACCAACGCGGAGGGCAGACUUGUGAUGACCGGCCGGGGAACGGAUGGCACGGCAACGGGCCUAGACUUCAAGUGCAACUUCAAUGUCGGCGCCACCCAGUGCCACGUCCACGUCGACAUCCCGUACGUUGGUGACAAUAGCGUGGACUGCUCGUGCAACGAUGGCAAACAUACCUUCACCGGUUGCGACAUCUCGAGCAGCGGCCACGACUGGCACGGCAACAUGGAUCUCAAUCCGCCUUAG